CAGUCCGAAUCAGAAUAAUAAUUUUGACAUUUCAAUAGCACGAUUUUUCCUUCAAAAAAUGUCUCUCACAGCAUUGACAUGAAAUUACAUAAAUUCGAUUAAAAUUUUAUCGAAUCAUUAUAACUCCAUUUAAAUUCAUGGUAGCACGAAAAUUAAGAACUAUGUUCAAAUUCUUAGCGACAUCCCGUGGCACAUGUAGCCGGCUAGUGCAGAGCAGCUAUUGGCAUGGGCUGCCAAACCAGCGCUGGUAUUCACAGCCUAGUCGAAGGCCUGGAUUUUUUUCUCAAUUCAUAGAAAAUAUAAAAUCAGAAAUGGACAAGAAUAAGGAAAUGAAGGAGAAUAUAAAAAAGUUUCGCGAAGAGGCUCAGAAGUUAGAGCAGUCCGAAGCUCUCCAAUCUGCUAGACAAAAAUUUAAUAUUGUUGAAUCUGAGGCACAAAAAUCGUCAAGUAUAUUAAAAGAACAGUUAGGAAGUAUAAAGGAUAAGGUCAGUGAUGUAUUUGACGAAGCAAGUAAAUCAGAUAUUGCAAAACGCGCAUCAAAAAUUUCGGAAGAAAUUUCGAAAACUGCUAAAGGUGUAACAGAUACCAUAACCGAAAAAGGAGAAAAAAUCGGACAAACGUCUGCUUUUCAAGCUAUAUCGACCACAACGGAGAUGAUUAAACAGGAAAUAGGUUCUCAGGGCAUAAAUUCUAGGGUUUAUCGUUCUCCCCAAAAACUGCGAAAACGCAUUGAAGUUGAACACGCCAAUGACGAUAGAGUGGUCGAACCUAACGCCGACGUAACAGGUGUGGAACUACACAAGGAUUCAAAAUUUUAUCAAUCAUGGGAAAAUUUCAAAAAUAAUAAUGCAUAUGUGAACAAAGUGCUUGAUUGGAAACUAAAAUACGACGAAUCAGAAAAUCCAGUUAUACGCGCCUCUCGCCUCUUGACAGAUAAAGUAUCAGACGUUAUGGGAGGACUUUUUUCUAAAACAGAGUUAUCGGAAACACUUACAGAACUCUGUAAAAUCGAUCCUAAUUUCGAUCAAAAACAGUUCCUUCGUGAUUGUGAGACUGACAUCAUACCUAACAUCCUGGAAGCGAUGGUGCGGGGAAAUUUAGAUAUCCUUAAGGAUUGGUGCUUUGAGAGCACAUACAGUAUCAUAGCAACUCCAAUAAGCCAAGCUAUUAAGGCUGGCAUGUAUUUGGAUUCGAAGAUCUUGGAUAUCGAAAAUAUAGACUUGGCGAUGGGUAAAGUUAUGGAGCAGGGUCCUGUACUGAUAGUAACCUUUCAGGCACAGCAGAUUAUGUGCGUACGUGACCGUAACCACCAAGUAGUGGAAGGUGAUCCUGAUAAAGUGAUGCGCGUGAAUUAUGUGUGGGUUCUUUGCCGAGAUCCAAACGAAUUGAAUCCAAAAGCAGCUUGGCGGCUUAUGGAACUCUCCGCAAACAGUCAAGAGCAAUUUGUUUGAUAGGUUGUUUCAUGUUAGCUAGUUUUUAAUUAGAUGUCGUUUAAUGCCCCACACUUAAGACCAACGAGCUAUAAAAUUUUUCUUGCUAAUUAUUUGCUUGAAAUAAUUUUAUGUUUCCACCAGCAAAAAUUAUUCUUUAGAGAAAACUAACUAAAGAAAAUGUUUGCUAAUGAAAACUGUUUAAAUAUAAUAUAUAUUGUUUUAGUUGUACUGGGCAACAAAAAUUAAGUUAAGUUGUUACGGACGACAAAUAAAACUUUGUACAUAACUAAUUUAAAAGAAUAAAGAAUAACUGAAUAGAACAAUCAAA